CAGGCCAGAUCUGGCGCGGCACCCUCCGAAGGCGUGCCCGCAUGCGCCUCGCGGCACAGGCGGCGGCCGCGAUGCCGUGCGGGCAGCGAGAGGUGCUGUCACCCAGGAGUGCAGACGAGAGGCAGCCCAUUCUGGUUCGGGACGUGGUGAGCACGGUACCUGGCAUAGGGGUACGGCAGAUUGCCGUGGCAUUGUCGCUGGGCGCGUGCUGCGCAAUGGUCGCGGCAUUCCACGGCGCCCGAUCGAUGGGAAUGCAUAGGCACCAGCGGGCAGGAACCGAGCAGUUGCUUAUCGAGGUGGGAGGUUCAGUGGUGUACCACACCUUCGACAACAAGAACGCAUAUGCUCCGUUUGGCGCGAUAGAUAUCGACGAAGACCCCGAGGGCGUGGACGUUCUCGACGCCAAAGAUUGCCAAGAUCGAUGUACUUUAGAUCAAACAUGUGGCUGCGUCACUUUCAAAGAGUCCAAGCUGAAAUGCUGGAAGCGGCGCGAGUGCGUGGUCUCGAAAAUGACGAGCCCGUACAACGAGGGAUACACGGUUUUCGUGAAGUCGGUCUGCCGCCGUGCCAGCGCCGCGCCCCACGUGGCGACUCCAUCGAGGACCGCCCAGGAGGCCUCGGCACGUGGCAGUCCUCGCCCCCGAGCCUCCAGCGGCGAGGGCGUCCGACGCGCUCCCCCGCAGGCGCCGCGCGGCCAGCCCCUGGCCGGGAGCGAGCCGGCGAACGCGGGGCCCCUGGCCAGCGCCGGCGCCUCGGAAGACGAUGCCGCCGCUCCAGGUGCCAGCGUCGCCGCGCCGGGGGCGGGGGUUGCCGCUGGUGGCGAGCCCACGGCCGCGGCCCCCCCGGCCGCCGAAGCCGCCGCCCCCCCCCCAGCCGCCGGAGGGGUUCCCGUCGGGCAGCCGCUGAAGGGAGGGUACACUAUGUACAAAGAUCUGAACGCAUUCGAACCGUUCGGCUGCACGGACAUUACCUCCAACGACGACACAACUUGGGGCACCGAGGAGGAAUGCAUGGCGAAGUGCACCGCCGACGCAAACUGCGAUUGCGCGACGUACGAGAGGGCGACCGGCGGCUGCUGGAACCGCUGCAAUUGCGUGUUGGCCGAGAUGACUAGCGGGUAUAACGAGGGCUUCAAUCUGUAC